CCCGGCCCGCGGGGCCCCAUCCCCCGCGCUGGUGGUGCCUGGAACCCGCUGCUGUCCCCCGCAUCCUUUGUUCCUCGCCGUCCCCUUUCUUUGCGCCCGGCCCUGCGCUCCACUUUCCCACCUACGAUGCCCCGGACGCCUGGGCACUUGCGGUUGCAGAAUGUGAGCCGUUGUGAAGUCUGAGGGUCACACGCCUCAGGAUCCAUUCGGACUUGAAAAACUAGGUUACCCGCCCCGGCCUAGAGUUCUGCUCUCCCCACCCCUCCCCACCCGCCAAGAGAACACCUGCAAUUAACCAGCCCUUGUGGCCUAGCGGGAGGGGGUCACCGAAGGGCGACGGGGACUGGCGACUCCCGCGCGCUUCCUGACGCACCGCUUGGAAGGUGGGAGAAGGAGAGAGCGCGGAGAUCCUGGAGCGGCCCGGCUCCGGGGGCGGGGAGGAGGGGGAACCCGGCGAAUCGACGCUGGAGUUCAACCCGGAGAGAUCAGCCAGUUCAUUGCGGUUAGGAGUUCGAUUCAUCCACACAUUCGGGAGAUGUGAAAAUAAAGAGAAGACUUAACAACAAAAAUGCUUUGGAGCCAGAAUACUUCCUGGAUUAGACUCCAUCAUUUGUAUCCUGUGGUGUAUAUCAUCGGCCUCAUGGUUGGUGUGGUAUCUGCGUGGCCUGGUUUGCCUGAUGAAUCUUGCACCUUAAAGGUGACAUUUCGCAAUUUCCGGCUAAUCCUAUCAUGGGAAUUAAAAAACCAUUCGAUUGCACCGACUCACUAUACGUUGUGGUACACCAUCAUGAGUAAACCAGACGAUAUGAAGAUUGUAGAGCCCUGUUCAAAUAUCACAGCAUCGUUUUGUGACCUCACCAAUGUGUGGGAAGUCCUGUCCGAGACCUACAUCACCAGAGUGGAUGGAUUCAGAGGGAACACAAUGUUGGUCAGCUGUGUCAGCGAUUUCUUCCUAGGAGCACAUGUGUCUUUGGAAGCACCAGAGUUCAAUAUUGUUGGCUUUACCGACCGCAUCAAAGUAAUAGUGAAAUUUCCACCAGUCAUUCCCAAGAUACUAAAUGAGGAAAUCUUACAGUUUUACUUACAACUCAUCAUCGAAGAACAGUCAGGGAAGAUUGUUAAGAAGCACCACCCCAAGCUAAAUGGAAACAUCAGUGGAAAUUUCACUUACGUCAUCGACAAGUUAAUUCCAAAUACAAACUACUGCGUAUCUGUUUAUUUUAAGUUUAAAGAUACGGGAGGAAUAAAUAGAUCUCCAGUAAAAUGUACCUUCCUUCAACCUGGACAGGAAACAGAGUCAUCAGAAUCUGCCAAAAUAGGAGGGAUCAUUACGAUGUUUUUAAUGGCAGCUGUCUUCAUAAGCACCAUAAUAAUACUGAAACGGGUUGGUUAUAUAUGCUUAAGAAAUGAGUUCCCCAAAGUUUUGAAUUUUCGUAACUUGUCAUCCUGGGUAUUUCUCGAGAAGCCACCCUUGGAAGCAGUGGCUUCCGUGGAGGUGAUUCACAUUAACAGGAAGAAGAAAGUGUGGGGUUAUAAUUAUGACGAGGAGAGUGACAACGACGAGGAAGUGACCUCUCCAACGAGCGGGGGUGGUUACACUACGCACGGACUGACCAGGCUUCUGGGUCUGGCCUCCGCCUCCUCGGCCACUUUGGAAGAUGGCAUCGAGCCGGACGCCGAGGACCCUGAUCAAUCCGAACCUGAGGCUGACACUGAGCCCCUGAUGGCAGCAAGGCCCAGCCCCGAGCGGGUGGAAUGCUGCACGAGGGGUGCCUACGAGGGAGGAGGGCGGCUGCUGCAGGACCCUGUCUCCGAGGACCAGGAUGACAACGACAGCAGCUCCACCGAGGAGCCUGGGGACAAGAUUACCUUCAACGUAAAUUUAAACUCUGUGUUUGUGAGGGUCCUGGAUGACGACUCAGAAGUCCCCCCGACGUUACCAUCUUUUCUAGAAGAGACCGCCAACCUAGAGGAUUCAGAUGAAACGGAAGUAAGCUUUCUGGCGGCCAGUGGGGAAGGGACACAGCCACCCUUCGCCAGCCCCUCUGCAGAGUGCCCGUGGCCUGAAGACGCUCUUUCUAAUGAAAGUAGCAGUUCCGAGUCCGACGCGGACAUUGGGGAUGGUUAUAUAAUGAGAUGAACCCAAGAAGAGUUGGUUAACGUGGAUGAUGACGAAUACUUCCAGGGUUCUCCCUCCGCCUACCCAGGCAGCAAUCUCGAACGGACGGUGCUGGAGACUGCAGUCUGCUCGGUGACUCCUGGUGAUGUCAUCCAUGCAGAUUCCCAGGACGGCCCCAUGGGACCCUCCUAGCCUCUGCAGUGUAUUGUUUACAUGUCCCAAGGGAUGCACUUUGAAGGGAAAAGGCUCUCUCCAUUCCCUUCACCCUCCGCAUUUAUGUUUCUGCAUCCCGUCUCCCAGGGUAAGGAGCAGGGUCCCCUGCGGCUUGCAUGCGUGGUCCAGGACCCUGCGGAUUAAUGAAAUUAGACAGGGUGGGAAUGCAGAGUGUAAAGGAAGACAGACACUCAGCAGGGUUCAGAGCAGCAACAGGCAGCAGAGGUGAGUCCAGCAGGCUUAAGGAAGGCGCCCGCAAGGCAAAGGCAGGAAGAGAAGGCGCCAGAAGGAAAGAAAGGGGACCCACAAAGAAACAGAAGCACAGGUUUUGCGUUGGAAGUGGGGAAGAUGGAGCCCGGUCUUGGGCUCCUCCCCGAUGUCGCAUUCUGUCACCUACACUCAGAGAAUUCCACUCAGCUACUUGUCCAGCUCGCCUCAAUUUGAAUGAGGAAGACAAAAUUUGCACACAGAAAUAACCCUAGUGUCAGGCAGGUGACUAAUAGGAAAUAUUUGCAUGAGGGAGAGGGAUCAGUGCCAAACUUUAAGAGUAAAGGGGAAAAAAGCGAGAGAACAAAUGCAAAACUGUUUCAAGGUCCUCAGAGGAAAUAAGGUAGAAAAUCCCUGGAAGCAAUUUAGGAAGAGCUGCGUGUGCUGAUUAUAACUGUCCUGUGUGACCACAGUUUCUGUGGAUGGGGGUGGAGGUGUGGGGGAGGGGCAAGGGAAGGGAAGUUCCAGAACAUCAUGUAGCAAACAGUACAAGAACUAGGACUCAGAGGUCUGACUGCACUGCUGUUUCACUGUGUGACCCCAGGUACUUUGCUUAUCCUCUCUGAGCCUCAGUUUCUUCAUUUAAGAAAUAACCCCUUAUUAGGCUAGGUAAUCUCCAAGAUCCUGUGGUACUAGGAGAACUAUUGGAAAAUACACAAGAAUUGGGGCACCUGGGUGGCUCAGUAGGUUGGGCAUCCGACUUCAGCUCAGGCCAUGAUCUCAUGGUCGGUGGGU